AUGGGCCAGAAGUCGACCUGCAUCUACGAUAGUUCCGGGAAGGAGCAGAUGUUCACCUUCGAUGAAUCCUUCUGGAGCCACGAUGGAUAUGAGGACGACGGCACGGGAUAUCUCAGGCCCACACCCGGGAGCCAGUACGCCGACCAGAAGUACGUUUUCGACACUUUUGGCAGGAGGGUACUGGAUAAUGCCUGGAAUGGUUACCACUGCUGUCUUUUCGCAUACGGACAGACAGGUUCUGGCAAGAGCUACUCCAUGGUUGGAUACGGCAACAACAAAGGUAUUGUGCCGAUAUCCUGCGAGGAGAUUUUCCGCAGAAUCGCAAAGGACGAUGACAAUGGAAAUUCCUACGAGGUCAUGGUUUCCGCCAUCGAGAUUUACAAUGAAGCAGUGCAGGACCUGCUUAUACCAGUUGAGCAGCGGCCACGAAAGGGCUUCGAGAUUCGCGAGUCCAAAAUCUUAGGAAUCUACAUCGACGGGAUCACAAAGAGGCCAGUCGAGUCGUACCAGGCCAUCCAUGAUACCAUCGAGGAGGCCACGACUCAUCGAACAGUCGGAUCCACUCUGAUGAACGCCACCUCCAGUCGUGCGCACACGGUGCUGAUGGUGGAGUUCAAGGCUGUGAGUGCAGGAUCUACGCGCGUCUCCAUGAUCAACCUUGUCGACUUGGCAGGCAGUGAGAAGGUGAAGCACACUGGUGCAGAAGGAGACCGAAUGAAGGCAAUGAUAAAUAAAUCCUUGAGUGCUCUGGGUAAUGUCAUUGAGAAGCUGGCCGAGAAGUCCACGAACCCGAAGAAGGCGGCUGUGAUCGUUGUCCCCUACCGCGAGUCCAAACUUACCCGGCUGCUACAGAAUGCACUAGGUGGCUCGAGCAAGACCAUCAUGAUUUGUGCGCUGUCACCUGCAUCCUCCAACUAUGACGAGACACUGUCAACCCUGCGCUACGCAGAUCGUGCCAAGAAGAUCAAGAACAAAGCAGUCAUCAACGAGAACCCGCAGGAGAAGCUGAUGCGAGAGCUGAUGGAGGAGAACCAGAAGCUGAGGGAGAUGAUGGCAGCGCUCAGCGCGGGCCAAGGCUUUGAUGCCCAGACCUUCGAGAAUUUGGGAAAGAAGCAGCGGGAAAUCGCUGAGGCCGAGGCAGCUUUGAAGGAGAUGCAGAAGAGCUGGGCCGAGCGGCUACAAGAGGACAAGGUGCGCCAAGAGGAGAAGCACUCCCAUCGGCGGACGACGAUCCCACCAACGGUGCCCAUGAUGGUGAAUCUGAAUCCCGAUGCCCAACUGCAGGGUCGAGUGAGGUACUAUUUUCCGGAGGGCAAGAAGACAAUCAUCGGUGGUCCUGAGCAGGGCGAUUCGGAGAGUGAAAACGACGGGACUUCCGACAGCAGUGAGGACACGGAAAGCUCUGAGAAAGAGCCUGUGCCCGCUCCAGAUGUAUCCUUGCUGGGUGCUGGCAUCCGGAGGCUUCAUGCCAGCGUUGUGAACGAGGACAGCCGCUGUGUCCUGACAGCGCUCAGCAUGGAUGCCGCGAAGGCCACGUGCUUGAACGGCUUCCCGCUAGACCAGCUCUUGCAGGACCCCAAGCCCGUGAACCGCGAUCUGCUGGGAAAUGAUCUGGAUGGCCUCGAGCUGAAGCACCGUGAUCACCUGAAGUUCGGCCCUUGCUUUUUUGUCUUCGUGAAGCCCACAGAGGGUAGCGCGGAGGCCCUGAUCGCCAGUGGGGAAGCCGACUUCUUCGAGCUCAGGAUGGAGGAGACCAGAGCGAAGAGGUCCAUGACUGAGAAGCGUCUGCGACAAAGUUUGUUCUCGCCGAACCAAGUUCUUCCAGGACUCGACGAGAUGAGGGACAUUGCAGAGGAACUGGAGCAGAAAAAGAGAGAGCUUCAGAUGAAGGAUUCGCUGCUGCGCGCCAAGGACGAGGAGGUGGAGCAGCUCCGCUCGGAGCUGGACGCUUUGCGUGAAGGACUACGUCCAGGUUACGACAGCGGCAUGGCGAGCCGGCACCGCAAAGUCUCAGUUGCCAUUGACAGCACUUUCGAGGAUGCGCUGGCUCAGCUGAGCGCUGUGGAGGCGAUGUUAACGGCCUGCGCCCCGGGCGCACUGCAGCGUGCUUCCCCGAAGAGCACUGAGUCUUCGUCGUGA